AUGGGUAGAGCUCCAUGCUGUGACAAAGCCAACGUGAAGAAGGGUCCAUGGUCCCCUGAGGAAGAUGCAAAACUUAAGGCUUAUAUUGAGAAGUAUGGCACUGGAAACAACUGGAUUGCUCUUCCCCAGAAAAUUGGGCUGAAGAGGUGUGGAAAGAGUUGUAGACUAAGAUGGCUGAAUUAUCUGAGACCCAAUAUUAGGCAUGGUGGAUUCACUGAAGAAGAAGACAAUAUCAUCUGCAGCCUCUAUAUAAGUAUUGGCAGCAGGUGGUCCAUAAUUGCUGCUCAAUUGCCUGGAAGAACAGAUAAUGACAUCAAGAACUACUGGAACACCAGACUGAAGAAGAAGCUGCUCGGAAGGCGUAAACAGUCUCACACCAAUCGCUUAUCGGCUGCAAAUCAUGACCCAAAAGAUGCAAAUUCCAUUGAAGAAUCACAGGCCUUAAGCAACUCAGCCAUUGAGAGACUCCAACUUCAUAUGCAGCUUCAAAGCCUUCGAAAUCCUCUCUCUUUCUACAACAAUUCUUCAUUGUGGCCCAAAUUGCAUCCCCUCCAAGAAAAGAUGAUACAGAACCUUCAAUGUUUGACUGAGAGUUCUAACCCUUUGAUGCAAAAUGUCACACUUGGUGCUCAACCAGUACAAGAUCCAAAGAUUGGAUCCUUUGAAAAUUCCACGGUUUCUAUCAGAAAUCAAGCAGGGUUUUCCUCAAUAAGCAGUUUGAACGCAGAUGAAUUGGAGAAUUCUAUGACCUGUAUUGCCUCUGCAGACAACCCAGUUACCUUCAACAUUGGAAGCAACAUAAGAAACUCAACUAUCGUUCCGAGGUCGAAUUUUAUUGAACAAUCAAGUCCUGUAAUUCACCCAGUUUCAAAAUUCAAUCAAGCAGAACUUGAUGACUUUAUCAACAACAAAGCAGUGGGUUUUCAAUCAACAGAGGGUCAGAUGGGUGAAUUUGAUUGUUUCAAAGAGAUGGAUGGCUCAAAGGACAACCUGAUCUGGUGGUUUAAUGACUUCGACAUAAAUUCAACACCUUCAAACUCUUGGGAUUCUACUUCUGUUCUUUAUCAGUGUGAAGGAAUGUAUCAGAAUUAUGGCUUAGGAUAUAACAUGCAGUGA